AUGAAGACUUUACAACAUUUAUGCUUUGUUUUUCUUCUUUCUUCGGCCUGUGCAUUCGAGUUUUCACCGUCAAUUCCAACUUUCUAUCUCAACCAUGUUGGAAUUUCUGUUUCAAAUCUUGCUUUACAACGCAAUUGGUACAACCAAACCUUGGGCUUCAGCAACCUCCUUCAAUUCGUCGGUCCAAUGGAAAUACCAGCAGGAACUCCAGCUAUAACACCUUCCUCAUCUCAAGCACAAACAAUUCAGUCCGUCAAAUUACAGAACCCAAGAACAAGCGCAAUCGUCGAACUUAUACAGCUCUCGUCUUCGACACACAGCCCUCGAUUGAACACAUCGUCGUUGACUGCAUCGGCCGUUCAAGGCCUUUUUCAUUUUGCAUUUCGAGUUCCAAAUCUUAAGGACACCCUGUGGAGGUUGCAAGAAGAUGGUGUCCGGGUGGUACAGCCGAUUGCAGAGGGGGCAGACGAGAUAAACAACGUUAGCACUACGUUUGCCUAUAUUUCUGAUCCUGAAGGGAAUCUUAUUGAGUUGAUCGAGUUUUGCUGAGUAAUAUUACUUAUUCUCAAUGAAGAUUUGUUACGAGCCAACUCUUAUGGUCGCAACAACAGGC